CAUAUAUAGUUAACAUACCACCUAAAGCUUGUCCCUGAACGCUUCUCCCUGUGACACUUAUUUAACCAAAGCUCUGCAAAGUGAUCGUCCGCAACACCGUUAUUUAGUUUUUACUGAAAACAUGGCCAGUAGACUGUGAACAUGUACAGCUGCAUACUUUUAUAAGCCAGGGGUGUCGUUAUGGGCUGCUGCUCUUCAACUCACGUCGGCAAGGAGGAGGAGGAGGAGGAAGAGCAAGCUGAGCAGCCCAUUGACAUCCGCUUUUCGACCACCUCUGCGGAUGGGACUGAGCGGAACACCCACUCCUCUGCCGUAAGGCCUUCACGGCCACGUCCGAGCGGAGAUUUAGGAGGGCCUGCAGCGCUCAGUGGGCGGUACGGUUCGUCGAGAGGUGCACCUUCUCCUUCUUUAUCGUCUGUGUCCUUGGUGCCAGUCGCUCGGACGGGUAGCUAUGAUGUCCGUGUGGCAUCGCGUACGCGCAAUAAUGGAGGCGAUGGAGUCAUCGAAACCUCACGCUUGGUUAUCGAUCACCUGAAGGGCAACGUCUUCAUAAACCAAUACCUGAUCAUCAAGGACCUUGGAAAAGGCGCCCACGGCACCGUUAAGCUUGUAUACAACACGCAGGAUGAUAUGCUGUACGCCAUGAAGGUAAUCCACAAGCGCCGCAUGCGUCGGCAAUCAUACUUGGCGGAGCCACGGGCGGUUGCAAACAUGAUGCGGAAUGUGGGCAUGUCCCCUCUGUCCCAAAGCCAGACAGAGGGACAGCGCGGGGCUAGCCCGCUUGCGAGCCCGCGUAAUCCAAACGGGAUGACGGAUGAGUACAGCAAUGAGAUCGCGGUCAUGAAAGAGUUGGAUCACCCAAACGUGGUCAAGCUGUACGAAGUCAUUUAUGACCCUAGCAACAACAAACUCCUGAUGACGAUGGAGUAUGUGGAGGGUGGAUGCGUCCUAGCAGGCAACAGCCCCACGCAAAAGGUGCCCAUCCAGGAGGCAACAGCCGUCAAAUACUUCCGUGACGUGGUGAAGGGACUGGAGUACCUGCACUUCAACAGGAUCGUGCACGGCGACCUUAAGCCGGACAACUUACUGAUGAGCAGCUCGGGGAAGGUAAAAAUCUCGGACUUUGGGUCGGCUCGCUUUUGUGAGAAGUCGGACAUGAUCUUCGCAACCGCUGGAACGCCCAGCUUCAUGGCCCCGGAGAUGUGCCAAGGCAAGCAGUUCAACGGUUUCCCGGGCGACAUCUGGGCCCUGGGCAUCUGCCUCUACAUGUUUGUGUUUGGGAGGCCGCCCUUUACGGGCAACACCACCUAUCAGAUCUACGAGGCCAUUCAGCAGGGAGAGCUGCAGUUUCCACCCACGAUCCCGGUGUCGGAGGAGCUCAAGGACCUUCUGUCUCGGCUGCUUCACAAGGACCCAGCGCAACGCAUCAGCCUGGAGGAGAUCCCCACGCAUGCAUGGGUCACGCGCGGCGGCUCCCUGCCUGUUUUGCAGACCUCUAACGAGCGUGCAAUUCAGAGGGUGUUCGAAGCAAUGCGGAAGCGCAACGAGUCUGGAGCCAAGCGGCCUGCGCCCUCGACUGUACCCCUGGCGGCACCGCCGGAGCCGGUCGACAUGCGGAAGCUCGUCCCAGACGCAGAAGUUCGACAGUUCAGGGACGGUGAAGUCAUUAUUGCCCAGGGGCAGCUGCCGGAGGGGCUGUACUACGUGCAGGACGGCUUCAUCGACAUGAUGCUGAUGCCCUCGGAAAAGAAGCUCGUGGCGGAUGAGGACUUUGCUGACGUCAUUGAUGAUGACGAGGAUGAGGACGAUGAGGCUGUGGUGACGGCCACUGCACAGGCACUUGACUGCCGACGGAGCCCCGGUAGCGCCCUGGGCGGCGACGUCGGAGAGGGCAGCGGCGGGGAGGAGAACGGCGGGGAAGGGGAGGAGGAGGAGGGCGAUGAGGAGGAGCAGAAGGGCAUGGACGGCUUUAUGGCGCUGUUUGGCUCACGGUUGUCAGACAGGAUAUCUCCCCUGGGCUCCAGCCCCCUACAAACACCGCGCAACAACUCUUCCGGAGUUACGCCCCGCCACGCCAGCCAAACCCUCAUGUCUCGCAACCACUCGGCGACGUUGGGACCUCGCUACGCCAGCCAGUCCUUAGGCGUCCGGCGUCCCAGCCAUGCACACAGCGACUGGCAGGGCCGCUCGUACGGCAACGCGCCGGCCUCGCUGCCCCUGCCGCCCGUCCUCCAGCCACACCACUCUUUGCCCGUGCCGCCGACCUCGUACCAUCACCAAAACGUAACGCCCCAUCUCGGACCUUCUAGUUCUGGCCGAACCUACAGCCACCAGCACAGCCGUACGCAGUCAGCCUCGCAGAGCCCUGCCUUCGUUAACAGCACCAUGCUCACGCCCCACCAGUGCAGCACCCCUGGUUCCCCGCGGAACAGCGCUGCAGCUGGAACCAGCAUGGGCGGUGGCUUGGCGACGCAGAACAGCUUUUCAACAACCCCGGUGCAGGUGUCGCUAAACGGCGGGGUGCAGAAGCGGCUGCCGAGCUACAGUAGCAAUGCCGGGCCGGCUGGCAUGCUCAGCGGAACGGGUGGACUCAUAAACGCCUCCAUUAGCCCCUCACCACUAGGGUUGUCAUGUAGCAACGCUGCUGACAUUCUGGAUGAUGAAUUCUCGGGGCGUGGGCAGCAGGAGUCGGGGCCCGUUAGCACCAGUGGCAGCAUUGCCAGGGCGACGGCGGGCAUGCUGCGGACGAACAAUUCAGUGCGGGAAGCUCAGCCGCCGUUUUUGGUACCCUCGCCAUACACGUCGCCGCAAACCAGUCGGCGGCAGCUGACGCAAGAACCCAGCUUCAACCCUAGACUGUCUAGGCAUGACAGCGGUAUCCGCCAGCCUAGCCGCCUGUCCGGAGCAGACAGCUUCUCACAGGCGGGAACCUCAGCUCCCGGACGCAUCGCACUGCUGGGUAGAGCCGCGUCCAACAGGGCACGACCAUCUAUGGACUCGGACGAGAGCUCGGGCCACCAGGAGCUGCAGCAGCCCCAGCAGCAGCCGCACCAAGGGUUCGCCAGCCUCUUCAAGUCCAACAGCCGCCGCAGCCCAUCCCUCCUCGGACCCCAUGGCAGCCUGAGCCCGGUGCCAGCCUCACCAACCAGCGGCUCUACCAGACAGCCCAGCCUUAACGCAAAGUCCCAACCAUCCCAAACAGCGGCGGCAGCCAAGGAGGAGGAGGAGGACCUGCUGUUCCUGUCACCCACGGAAUCCCGCCGGCUGAGUGUGACUGCGGGCGGUGCUUCCAGCCGCAGGAGGCUCGGCGGGGCUGGCGUUAUUGUUGGCGCAGCGCCGCCAUCGGGCCCGCCAGGAGCGGUGUCUCCUAUGGUUUCGGGGUCCCGCGUGCUGCCCAUGGACAUUCCCGGCAUCCGGUCUGUACAGCCACACCCGUCUGCCUCUGAGGAUACCAGCGCGGAAGUAGGCAAAUCGCGCAGCAACAAUAGCAUCGUCAGCAAUGCGGACAUUAGCAUGCAUGUGUCCCCCCGAGCCGGUUGGCAGCGUGAGCGGCCUACACCGUUGCAAAUACGCAGCGCGGGCGGUCCUGAUGACGGGGCUGCUGCCGACGCGGCGCCUGCAGCUGGUGGUGAUGGCAAUAACGGCACCCCUGUCUCACCGGAUCCGGCCGAGGAGAUGUCCCCUGGAAACACGGCAAGCCACGGCCGUGCACGCGUCAUGCGCCGGUCAAUGACGCAUGACAACAUCUCGGAAGCGGGCGCGCGCGUGCCGCCGUCGCCUGGCGGCGGCGCGGUGAUCAUGUCGGCGGGAGGCCGCUCGGGCGGUCACGACGCGGCUCCUGGCGAGGACGGGGAGGAGGAGGAGGAGAGCGAGCGGCGGGAGCAGUUUGAGGAUCGCAGCGUGCCUACUGUACGGCAUGCCUACACUGACAUGGACCGUGCAUCGUCACAAGAAGUUCGCCCCGAGAACUACUUUGCAGGUGCUGACAAGGCGUACGCGUCGGGGCGCCUCAGGAGCCUUGGCGAUCGAGCCAUUGACCGCAUGCGGCGCCACUCCACAUCCUCCUACAAUGCGACCUCGAUGCUCAAUCGUAUACUCGGCGUCUCUACCGGGGGCGCGGCACUUGACAGGACCUCCAUCCAGGAGUGGUCAUCGACCAGCAAGCUAGCCCAGAAGGCCAUCCAGCGCUCCGACUCCAUGCACUCCCGCAUGGCCCAAAUGGUGCUGCGAGCCAAGCAACACGCCGUACGACGCAAGCGGCGGGGCUCCAUGGAGCUCAUCACCACACGCGGACCCGGCAGCGUUGUGGGCGAACUGUGCAUUGACGGCAAGCCCGCGCCCAGCCCCAGCACGGUUGUGGCCAAGGGACCUGUGACCCUCCUGCUCAUCAAGAACGAAAAGGUCAACAAGUACCGGAACCAGCCCAGCGUCAUGGCAGCCCUGCACCGCAGCCAGAACGCGUCCAUGGUGCAGGAGGCCAUGGAGCGGUUUGUGGAGUGCGAGCAGGAGGUGGUGGCGGUGGAGGUCAUUCGGAGAACCAUAACCACGGAGCCCAACAUGCAUUUGGACUUGGGCGGUGACGAGUAUGUCGCAGAGCAGCCGUCAUCUGAGCGGCUGAUGGCCGACAUCUACAAUGAAUGAAGGACGGAGACGUGGAGUGUAGCCCCUGGGUGAGGAAAGACUGAUGGGGUACAUCCACCGCGUGUAAUCUCGUGGCUCAGCUUACAACCAGUACCGCCAAGGGCAAGCGGCGGCGAUACAUGGGCGGGUGGACAGAGGCAGUCCCCACCUGCUGCUAGGCACUCAACGAGGACUUGGGUCAAGGUAUAUGUCCUACGCUGCAUGUGACAUCAAAAGCCGAAUGUAUGUGUCGGGUCGUUCAGCAUGUUUGGCCAGAGGACUUUCAGGAUACAUGUUUUUCAUGUUUUGCAAUUGUCUGCGCCGCAACGCGCGUCAACUGUGGGGCAACGGCGCAUGGUUGGCGUGUCAUGGUCGGCAAUGUGGGUCUACCAUGCCGGGCUGUGGAUGCACCAUUUCUGGCAGUUUGUUGAAUCAGAUGCCAUGUUGGCGCAAGGGGGUGCCGUCGUCAAUACAUAGGGAUGACUCAGUAGGCUAGAACGCUUGCGCACGCGCCUUGUGCGCUUUGGGCGUCGUGGCAGACAAGACAGGCUAGCGUGGUCAAGCAUUAUUUUCGUAGUAGGAUCCAAGGCAGGAGUGCCGCUUAAGCGUAUUGUAGCUUUUUGGUGGUCUGCGAUUCAUGACGCAAACGAAAGGUGCAGUGCACGCCUCAUCCGAGGUCGCAGUGUGAGCAAACUCUUGGACAGAAUAGAACACGGGUGUAGUCGUAAAGUGGAAGGAUGAUAGCCAAAGCCAAGAAUGUGACUAAUUAGGUACUUAGAGCGUUGGGUAUGUGCUUGGGCUUGACCGCACAUUGGCUAUAGACUUAGUUAAUAUGGGUUCCCUGACUCUGGCUUUUUAGCCUUAUGGCCUCUAGCGACCGUAGUGGGCAACUGAUGUGAUCCUGCUGAAUUGCUGCAAUGCCCUGUGAUCAACCGACAGUGCAUGCAUUCCCGUGAUUUGCGGGUGGUGCCUGUGACCGGCUAUAUGUUACAGUCGUGCCCGUGACCGGCUAUGUAUGUGCUCCAACGGUCGCCUGACUGCGUGACUCGCUAACUUAGUGAACCCCUUAAUCGGGAUGCGUGCACUGGAAUGUGAAUGGCUAGUGACUGCCUGUGACAAAAGCGACCUAUUCCGAUCCAGGGGGGCGGUAUGUGACGGACCCAAGGGCCACACCUAAGGCUGAUGCAGGGCCCCCGAGCUGGCACCUGCUGCAUUGCUUUUCAGGAUGCCUUCUCUUACAUGGAGGAGUUCUGGUCACACUCUCUGGUCACAGCGAUAGGCGUGGUUGUGGUGUACCUAGAGGUUCCUAGAGGUCGUGACGUUUGCUUUCAAGAAGCUGGGGUUUGUGGCCUCACCAUUGCCCGAGCGCCGGCGGGCUAUACUUG